UCAGUUGCUAUUCAGCCACCGCCCCAGGAACUAAAUCAUUUUUUUUGUUCCUAUUGCCGAUUAAUUAUUUUUUGAUAACUCAUAUUUAUUAUCAAUAAAAAAAACAAUUGGUUUAUAUUAAUUGAAAAAUUAAACGGAUUUAUUGUAAUCAUGCUGAUUGAUCUUGUACGUGAUUCCGUGUUGCAGUGCUUCUGCCACAGCUGCAAGGCGCCUUUGAGCGUCGUAGCUGGUCACAAGAAAGGUAAAUCACCCAUGAAGAAACCAUGCGGAAAAGGAAAAGCUCGUACUAAACAACCAAAGAAAGUUAAAUUUAUUACUACUGAGAUUCGGUGUCAAGAGCAAUCAAAGGGUGGAUUAUGUUAUGAAGUAAUUUUGGCUGAACCAACUGGACCUAAACGUGCACCAUCACCGCAACGUUCUCAGCCAUCGCCGACUCAGCAAUCGACGAUUGAAGAAAAGUUAAAAGCUGCUGAGGAGAGAAGACUCUCUUUAGAGGCACACAAACUUGCUACAUUGGCAGCACAAUUGAGCAAAAUAGAAGAGACUGCACGUAAGAAGGAUGAAAUUACUACAGCAUUUAUGUCGGCUACUCGUGAGUCUCUUGACGCUAAAAUGAAUAGUUCUGAAGAGAAGCGCGAGGCUCACAUGAGCGAGCUCAAGAGUAAACUUAAAGACCAUUUGGAAAGCGUUGAAAAGACCCGUUUAAAUCUGGAACAACAGACUAGAGAGGUUCGGGCUGCUGUUGAAGAGAAGCUCAAGACUGCUGCUGCACAACGUGAUGAGAACAUAAAAAAAAUGCUUGAUCGUCUCAAGGAACAUGAAGAUCAAGUUAUUCGAGUACGUCAGGGUAUGACUGAACGAGCUCAACAAUUAGAGUCUCAGAUCCAAGGAAAAUUAGAUCAAGCUCGAGAACGUCGUGAAAAUCGAGAACGUGAACAAAAAGAAAAACUUCGUAAUCACAAUACGGUGAAGCUAGCGAGAGUACGCGAAACCGCAGACGUUAUCGCAAUGAAGGAGCUCGAGGCAAAAAAACGUGAAAUCGACAUGAAAGUCUCGAUCGCGGAAGAAAAUCGACAGCGUGAGAUUCAACGGCGUCUUCAAGCUAUUCGCCAACAUGAGAGGCGUGCAGAGUUGGUCAGACAAAACAAGCAAAAUAAAACCAAUGGGGCUGAUCAAGAAGUUAAAUCAGAUGAGAGUGCCUUAAACGUUAAAAUUGAAACUGCCAGCUCUGGUUAAAAGAUAUACAUCAAUCUUUAAUAAUAAUUUUAAAUACUCUAAUCAAUAUCAUCUGUCAUAACGUUAAAAUGACAUUAAAAUCAGCCGAAGAUCAUUAAAUUAAAUAACGAUAGAUAUUAAAAAAAAUAGAGAUUAUGCGUAAACAUCUCUUGAUAAUAACAAUAUCAUGUUUGUUAUAAACAGAUAAUAAAUAAUAUAAAUACAACAACUUAAUGAGUUUAACUGCCGAAGACUCGUGAGCUUGAUUUCGCUUCGUGCCAUUUUUCUCGCGGCUCAAUCGAAAUUUUAACUGACAAACUUUGUCCGAGUCUUGCCUACUGCAACAAGUCGAGAGUUCAAAACAAAUAUUAAAUAAAAUAAAAAAUUUUUUAAAAAAGAAAAAUUAAUUAAA